AUGGAGGCGGCGGACGCGGCGCGGGUCGAAGCGGAGGCGCGCGCGCGGCGAGCGGCGGCGGCGAGCGAGGCGAGCGAGGCGAAGACGGCGAAGAACAGGGCGAAGCGAGCGAAGGCGAAGGCGAAGCGAGCGGCGAAACGGCGACGGGGGGGAGGGGGGGCGACGAUCGGGGAGGCGAAGGCGGACGAGGAGGAGGAGGAGGAGGAGGCGGAGGCGACGGCGACGGCGCUCGAUUGA